UUGUGUUACCAAGACUGGCCAAACUAGCAGCCCAAAACAAUGCAGUAACCAAUCAGACUAGAAAGAGAGAUGUUGCCAUGCAACUGUUUGAAGCGUACAGUGCACUGUCAUGUUGUUUUAUCAGUGAUCAGCUGAUCCAGGUGACCAUGAUCCCGGGAUUACUUUAUCUGCUGCAGGAUAUGCAGCAAGUUGCCCCAGAACAUGAACCAAUCAUAUCAUCUAUGAUUAAAGAAUUUGAAGCCAAAGUUGAAGCAUCACGACAAGCAACGGGUCGUGAGAGAUCAGGGAGCCAUAAAAAUGCUCCCCCAACACCUACUAUGGGAAAACCAAAGAGACAAGUAUCUGAUUCUGAUGGUGGCAGUCUCCAUGGUUCAGGAGAACAUGGUAAUGUUGGUUCCCGUAUGUACAGCAAAUUCAAAGACUUCUCCAUACCUGGUAAAUCUACAGUCACUGGCAUGUUCAGGAAGAAGGAUAAACCAUAGUGUUACCAUAGCAACAAUUGUUUACCAUAGCAACCCAAUAAAAUCAAAUCAUUCAAGGGCCUGGGUUUUCCUAACAUCAGAUUACUUUGAAAUCAAUUUACUUUUUUGGUGUAAGAGCUUCACAUGCAAAUGCCGUUUUCAUUAUAUCACCCUUA